AUGGAGUAUCACUUGAGAGAGAUAGUGAGGGAGAGAACGGAGGAAUGGCUCUGUGAUGCAGCAAUGACAGGGAAUCUAGCAUUACUGUACGAUGUAAUUGCAACAGAUGUUUCCAUUUUGGAUAGAGUUUUGGUGGGAAGUUUCAAAGGGAAAAAUCCUCUUCACGUGGCUAUAUCAACUGGGAACACAGAAUUUGCUCUACGACUUCUAGAAAUUAAACCAAAUCUUGCUGAAGUUGUAGAUACGAAAUUUGGGGCGGCCCUUCACGUAGCAUCCGCUAAGGGGCACAUAAAGAUUGUGAAAGCUUUAGUGAAGGUUAGCCCUGAGAUGUGCCUAGCUCGGGAUCGAGAUGGUAAUUACCCUCUUCACGUUGCUGCAAUCAAAGGUCAGGUCAAAGUCUUAAAAGAGUUGGUUCGAACCAGUCCCCAUAGAGCUCAAGUUAAGGUGGAACAAGGCGACACCGUCUUACACUUAUGUGUAAAGUACUAUCAGUUUCCAUGUCUAGUACUACUACUAGACAUGAUUCCAAAUCCCGAAUUUGUUAACGAUGUUGAUAGUGGUGGCAACACCAUACUGCAUCUAGCUGUUUUUGAAAAACGAUUGGAGAUGAUCAAGCAUGUGCUUAGCAGUGGCAAAAUGGAUGUGAAUGCAAAAAACAACAGUGGGCAAACAGCGCUGGAUAUUCAUUUGCGAUCAAGAGGAAAUCCAACAGGCUCGGAGAUUCAAGAGAUCUUACUUAAUGCCGGGGCCAAAAGGAGCGCACAGACUAUUGUACAUGUUGGGGUUGAGGUUGAGGAGCUUGAGCGCGAACAGACUACAGUAGAGGGUGGGGUUGAGGUUGAGGAGCUUGAGCGCGAACAGACUAUUGUAGAGGGUGGGGUUGAGGUUGAGGAGCUUGAGCGCGAACAGACUAUUGUAGAGGUUGAGGAGCUUGAGCGCGAACAGACUAUUGUAGAGGGUGGGGUUGAGGUUGAGGAGCUUGAGUGCGAACAGACUAUUGUACAGGGUGGGGUUGAGGUUGAGGAGCGCGAGCCUAAGUGGCUGAGUAAGAGAAGGGAUACGUUUAUGGUUGUAGCUUCACUAAUUGCGGCAAUGGCAUUUCAAGUUGGGGUGAACCCGCCGGGCGGUGUUUGGCAAGACGAUUCAGAUGAACACGUAGCCGGGAAAGCUGUACUUGCUUUUACCAACCCCUAUGCGUACUACAACAUAAUGGUCGCAAACACGGUUGGAUUCCUUCUGUCUCUGAGUACAAUCUUGCUACUCAUUUACACUUUGCCAGAGCCACAGAGGGAUUAUCGAUGGACUCGAGCUUCGAUCACAUGGUGGACAUUCAUGUUACUUAGCCAUACGUACAUGUCUUCUGUCAAUGGUAUGACACCGAAGAAGGGAUAUCAUGGGUGGAUUCUAACGGAAGCCUUCAUAUGUAUUCAUAUUCUGUGGAUCACUGUGAUGACAAUUUUAUUGUUGCGCAGGAUUCUCAAGGUCGAAGAAGGUAGUACUAUAUCCCAAAUGCUCCGCCGCUUGUUCGCACCCCCAUCAAUUCCUUUGUGUUUCCUUCCUGCGAACGAACUCCCCAUGCGGAAUACUUAA